GAGAACGACGCCGCAAAAGAAAUCGAAGCGUCCUGCGUCUAUUUUUAAUGUGAAAGUUAUACCUAGUACAUCCUAGUUGGAUACAAACUUUGUGAAUUCCUUUAAACACUACUGAGAACUUAAUUUACUGUGAUAUACAUUUCUAAUAACCGUCAUAAUGUUGGGUUCGGGCGAUGGAGGCCACAUUAUCAAACUGCGUGGUUUGCCUUUCUCCACUACCGUUGAAGAUGUUCUCGAUUUUUUGAGUGGCGUCAACGUUUUGAAUAAUAAAGAAGGCGUUCAUCUAACCGAAGUGCGACCCGGCCGACCCUCUGGAGAAUGUUUCGUAGAGGUUGUAAGCCAAGCAGACGUAGAAGAAGCAUUAAAGAAAGACAAAGAAAACAUGGGCAAGAGAUACAUUGAAGUCUUCUCCACUGACCACCAAGACAUGGAGUGGGCGCUGAAUGCUAUGAAACAGACGGAGAAUGGUUUUGAAUCACUUCCCAAUGUUAAUGAUGAUAUGGGUGUCGUCAAGCUCAGGGGUUUGCCCUUUGGUUGUUCUAAAGAGGAAAUUAUUCAAUUCUUUGAUGGGCUGGAAGUGGCCCCCGAGGGGGUGCACUUGCUAUCGGACCACACGGGGCGGGCCUCGGGAGAGGCGUAUGUAUACUUCGUUGACAAAACGGGCGCGCAAGACGCUCUCAGCAGGGACAGGGAGAAAAUAGGACACAGGUACAUAGAAGUGUUCCUAAGUUCCCCGGACGAGGUGCGAGCGUACGCGUCCCGCGGGGACGGCGGGGCCCGCCCGCGGGGGGCUCGCCCCACCCCGUACGACCGGAACGAUCGGUUCGCGGGACGCUUCGGGGCAAGGGGCAGGAGCUCCUUUGGGAGGGGUGAGGGUGCAGGAUUCAGCGCGGCCCGUGGUGGCAUGCGACGCAACAGCGGCAUGCACUGUGUACACAUGAGGGGACUGCCGUUUAAGGCCACCCCGCAGGAUAUUGCUUAUUUCUUCAAACCAAUUCGUCCCGUGAAUAUUACAAUCCUGUACGACAACAGCGGACGGCCGUCCGGCGAAGCAGACGUGGAGUUUGAAUGCCAUGAUGAUGCUAUGCGGGCAAUGCGACGGGACAAAAACAACAUGGAGCACAGGUACAUCGAGCUAUUUCUCAACUCUUCGCCAACCGGCGGCGGCGGAGCUUUCAAAUCCAACAGAAACUUCCGAGCCUACUGAUAAAUACACAUGUAAUAAUAACACCCGGUUUCACACCUGCUGGAUAAGUUCUGAAUAGCUAUCUGUCAGAUAAAAUGGAAAAUAGAAAAAAAUGUGUAAUGGGCCUUCUUCACAAUGGGCAGCGUUGGCCGAGUAGAGGCAAUCGCGAUAGUAAUAAUAUUUUUUAUUUUUUAAUUAUUCAUUGAUUUAUUCGAGCAACUAUAAAGACUCAUUUUUGUUAGUAACAUGUUUAUCAUUAAUUGAAAUUCAAAUAAUGUCUAUAAAAUCUAAACAUUAGAUAGUGGGGAGGGCCUAAAUGUCUAUGAUCGGCGUCAUUGUAGUUGGCAAUGGCGGCAAACAUCGACCAUUUGUUGGGCCAAUGUUGCUAACGUUAUUUCUAUACAUUUUCCAUUUUAUCUUAAAUGUGUAAGCUAUGAAAAACUUUGUCAGCAAGUCGUGAAACUGGUCAAAAAUAUACUCGUUGAAAUGUCGCUUUGACAAACGAUAGUAAAUUAAAUUUUAUAUAAAUUCAAAUACAUAUAUGUAGUAAGGUACAAUGAAAUAAUGUGUUUAUAUGUUUACCCACGUUGAUGAUGUGAAUGCGAAAGUUUUUUUUGUUAGUAUGUUUAAAUAGAUGGUAAACGGCUGGACCAUUUCUGAUGAUAAAAAAGGUAUUUUUUGCCUUAAACAAUUAUAUA